AUGACUUCUAUCUUCGUGAUUUCUCUCCUUCUUCUCUCUCUUUCUCCAGCUGUUUUCUCCGAUGACGCGUCUUUCCAGAAACUCCCGGUGCCGGGAAUGAGGUCAGGCCCUGAAGCUUUCGCCUUUGAUACCGCAAAAUCUUUUUACACUGGAGUCUCCGGUGGUAAAAUCCUCAAGUAUACUCCUCAAAAGGGUUUCGAAGAUUUUGCCCUGAUCACAAAGAAUUCGAAUAUGUCAUGGUGCAAUGGAAUAGUUGGAACCGCUCUGGCCGGGAAAUGUGGCCGACCUGCGGGGAUAGCCUUCCACCCCAAAACAGGUGACCUUUACGUCGCUGAUGCUCCAUUGGGUCUUCACGUUAUCCCUCCCACCGGAGGUUUGGCCACAAAGAUCGCCGACAGUGUCGACGGAAAGCCCUUCAAAUUUCUCGACGGUCUUGACGUUGAUCCCAUCACCGGUGUCGUCUACUUCACCUCUUUCAGCUCAAAGUUCAGCCCUAGUGAAGUGUUUAUCGCAGUUGGAUUAAAAGACGCGAGUGGAAAGCUCUUCAAAUACGACCCAUCGACUAAAGCAGUGACUGUAUUGACGGAAGGUCUAAGUGGUGCGGCUGGUUGCGCCGUGAGCUCAGAUGGUUCGUUUGUGCUAGUUAGCGAGUUCAUAAAGAGUAACAUCAAGAGAUACUGGAUCACAGGACCCAAAGCUGGAUCGACGGAAGACGUCACAAGUUCUGUCUCGAACCCCGACAACAUUAGGAGGAUCGGUGCUACUGGAAACUUUUGGGUCGCUUCAGUCAAGAACAAGGUGGUCGUGCCAACGAAUCCUUCGGCUGUUAAAAUCGAUUCUAAUGGAAAAGUUCUUCAGACUAUUUUUCUCAAGAGUGAGUUUGGGAACACUUUGCUUAGUGAAGCCAAUGAGUCAGGCACUGAAGCUUUCGCCAUUGAUUCCACCGGAAAAGGUGUCUACACCGGAGUAUCCGGUGGUAAAAUCCUCAGAUAUAGUCCAGGGAAAGGUUUUAUCGACUUUGCCUAUAUGACUGAGUCCUCGAAGUCGCAAUGGUGCGAUGGAGCCCUGGGAACUGCUAAUGCCGGCAAAUGCGGCCGGCCUGCAGGAAUAGCAUUUAACGACAAAACAAGAGAGCUCUACGUGGCCGAUGCUGUAUUGGGUCUUCACGUCAUCCAUCCUGUCUUCGGCAGUUUUGCCAAGAAGAUAGCCGACAGUGUUGACGGCAAACCCUUCUUGUUUCUCGAUGGUCUCGACGUUGAUAACACUACCGGCGUCGUCUAUUUCACUUCCUUCAGCUCGAAAUUUGGGGCUGGCGAUGUAUUGAAAGCAGUGGCAUCAAAAGACGCUACAGGAAAACUCUUCAAAUACAAUCCAUAUAAAAAGGUUGUGACUGUAUUGCUAGAAGGUUUGAGUGGCUCAGCCGGUUGUGCCGUUAGCUCAGAUGGUUCGUUCGUGCUGGUUAGUCAGUUCACCAAGAGUAACAUCAAGAGGUAUUGGAUCAAGGGACCUAAAGCUGGUUCUUCUGAAGACUUCACCAAUGCUGUCUCGAACCCUGACAAUAUCAAGAGGAUCGGUUCUACUGGAAACUUUUGGGUUGCUUCGGUUGUGAAUACAGCCACCGGAGUAACAAACCCGUCAGCGGUUAAAGUUAAUUCUAAUGGUAAAGUGCUUCAGAAGAUUUCGCUUAAGGAUAAGUUUGGGGAUACUUUGGUCAGUGAGGUUAACGAGUCCCAAGGAAAGCUUUAUAUUGGAACUCUGUUUGGUUCUUUUGCCGGAAUCCUUAAGCUUUAA